UGGAGCUGCGCAGAGAGAGAGAGAGAGCUCCAGUCGCUCCUCCAGCUCCGUGCAGCCCGGUGUGAAGAUGGUGGUCGGCGGCUCGUGCGCUCGCAGGCUGGCCCGCCGCUCGCGGUCCGCCCUGAUCGCAGCCCUCACGGUGCUGCUGGUCCAGACCCUGAUCGUGUGGAACUUCAGCAGCCUCGACUCGGCCGAGGAGCGGGAGAAGGCGGGCGGCGGCGGCAGCAGCAGCAUGCGGGAGAAGAGGGACCGGGUCGCGGGCAACAACAAAGCCGCCGGCAGCGACUAUUUUCCGCGCGGAGGAGUCCAGCAGCAGCCGGGGCAGCAUCUCCCUCCGCCGGGGAGGGGGACGUCUCGCCACAUACAGCAGCCGGAUGGAUACUACUCCCACCGACCAAAGGAGAAAAAUCGAGUCGACAGCAACYUUGAGAACUCCGUGCCCAAAGACUUUGAGAACAUAGAUAAUAGUAACUUUGGRGCACGUUCUCAGCCGCACCGCCAGUCUUUAGGAGCCACCGGCAGCAAGCAGCGGGAGCGUCUGCAGGCCAACGCCCAGCUGCAGGCGUGGCACGACAACUCCCACAGACCGGGCCACAGCUCCAACGAAGUUCUGUCGGUGGGCCACCAGUCGCUAGCGAUCGGCAACAACACUUCCUACCCUGGUGGUCAGGGCAUGGUGGGAGGCCAGCAGCAGCAUCAGCACCACCGCGCCACUCAGCCCCAGCCCGCCCAGKCACAGCACAGACACCAGCACCCCCACAGGAAGCAGGCAACCGCCGCGACGCUGGAGGUGACGUACGACGAGCCUCCCAAGUGUGAGAUCAGCGGCAAGGAAGCCAUAUCAGCUCUGUCCCGAGCAAAGAGCAAGGAGUGCCGGCAGCAGAUCGCUGAGGUGUACUGCAGACACAAGGAGGGCCAGCUGAUGCCUGAGGCGGUCACUCGUUACUGCCCCAUCGAAGGUAAAGCUAACGUGAACGUCCAGUGGGAUGAGGAUUCRGCGGAGAACUUUCCAACCAAACCAGUGAGGAUAGCGUUUGUCCUUGUGAUUCAUGGACGAGCCUCCCGCCAGUUCCAGCGCCUCUUCAAAGCCAUCUACCACACCUCCCACUACUACUACAUACACGUCGACCAGCGCUCUAACUUCCUGCACAGGCAGGUGCAGGUCUUGGCUUCCCACUACCCCAAUGUGAGGGUGACCCCCUGGCGCAUGGCCACCAUCUGGGGCGGAGCCAGUUUGCUGACCAUGUAUCUGCGCAGCAUGGCUGACUUGCUGGCCAUGAGGGACUGGAACUGGGACUUCUUCAUCAAGACCAGUGAGCAGCUUGUGGCCUUCCUGUCCAAACAUCAGAACCUGAACUUCAUCAAGUCUCACGGCAGAGACAACGCACGGUUCAUCCGGAAACAGGGUCUGGACCGCCUCUUCUACGAGUGCGAUGCUCACAUGUGGCGCCUGGGAGACCGGAGGAUCCCUGAAGGCAUCACUGUGGACGGAGGUUCUGAUUGGUUCCUGUUCAACCGGGCCUUUGUGGAUUAUGUUGUGAACUCAGAGGAUGAGCUGGUCAAUGGCCUGAAACAGUUCUAUGGUUACACUCUGCUUCCUGCUGAGUCCUUCUUCCACACGGUCCUGGAGAACAGCGUCCUGUGUCAGACCAUGGUGGACAACAACCUGAGGCUCACCAACUGGAACCGGAGGCUGGGCUGUAAGUGUCAGUACAAACACAUCGUGGACUGGUGUGGCUGCUCGCCCAAUGACUUCCAARCCUCAGACCUGCCCCGCUUCCAGCAGCAGACCUCCAGACCCACUUUCUUUGCCCGGAAGUUUGAGGCCAGCGUGAGUCAGGAGAUCAUCAACCAGCUGGACUCCUUCCUUUUCGGACCGUACCCCCCAGACACGCCUGGCCUUCAGGCCUACUGGGAGAACGUCUACGAGCAGGAGACGGACGGGCUGUCCAGCCUAUCAGACGCCACGCUCAGCCACUACCACGCCUUCGCCAGGAUGGGUGUGUCCCGCGCCGCUGCCUCGCUGCGGGGUCGUCCUGAAGACAACAGCUGCAGGUCGGGUCAGACUGGGACCCAAAGGAGCGCCUCUUCAGGAACUGGGGGGGGUUGCUGGGACCCGAGGACGAGCCGGUGGCCGUGCAGCGCUGGAGUCGGAGCCAGAACAACCUGACGGCCACGGUGGUCUGGAUCGACCCCACCAAUGUCAUCGCUGCCACCUACGACAUCCUGGUGGAGGGGUCCGCUGAGGUUACCCACUACAGACCACCUCUCAGCUCACCACUGAGACCGGGCCUCUGGACCCUGAGGGUCCUGCACCAAUGGAACCUGCUGGGUCAGACUAGCUUUAUCGUGGCUCCUCUGGAGUUUCACCGACAGCAGCCGAUUCAAGAAG